AUGGAUUUCCCAAGAUUUGAUGGUGACAAUCCUCAAGGUUGGAUUCAGAAAGAUGAGUGCUACUUUCAACUACAUGAGAUUGAGGAACAUAAAAAGGUUGAUAUUGCUGCAAUCUACCUUGAAGAUGAGUAUUAUGAGGAGUUUGAAUCACUCAAGGCAUUGAUGCUAAAAAUGAAUCCAUCCCUUAGUGAAACUUACUUCAUUAUGAGUUUCUUAAGUGGCUUAAAAGAUGAAAUAGGUAAAUCUGUUUCUAUGUUUCACCCUCAAACUCUAUCAGAUGCUUUUUCUCUAUCUAGACUACAAGAACAAAAUCUAGCUCUAACAGCUGCUGCCACCAAACUAUUUACAAAGUCCUUCACUAGUCCAUUUACUUCAACUAGACAGUAUCCUUUUACAUCAUUUGUACCCAAACCAAUUCUAACUUCCCCAAAAUCUGCACCCACCACUCCCAAGUCCAUUUUCACCCCUAUACCAAAAUCCAAUCCACAACCCCCUAUACCUAAAAGACUUUCUCAAGAGAACAUGGAAAAAAUAAGAGCUCAGAGACUAUGCUACAAUUGUGAUGUUGUUUAUAGACCUAGACACUUUUAUAAGGGCAAAAAGAAGAUUUACAUGCUCCAAAUGGACACUUCUGAGUCUGCAGAUACUGAGGAAGAAGAAGAAAUAUUUGAAGAAGCCAAUAAAUCUCCAGGACAUUUGAUCUCCACCAGUUUCAUUGAUAACAAGCUAACAACUUCUCUCAGGUGCCACAUUGAACCAACUGCUGCUAUGAUGGUCACAGUUGCUAAUGGUGACAGGACAGGGCAUACAUUUAUGGAAGAUAUCAGAAUUCAGCCACUUGGAGGCUGUGACAUAGUUCUUGGAGCUGACUGGCUCAAAACUUUAGGUGAUGUACUCUUCAAUUUCUCUAAAUUAAGCAUUUCUUUUAAACACAAAAAUAAUAAGAUCACACUACAAGGGAGCUCUCCAAAACCUUCAGUGUCUAUGAUCAGUGGUGCUGCACUUAAGAAGUUCCUCUCUCCAACCUCUCAUGGCUUGGUGGGUCAUUUUUACUCAAUCUUAACAAAUACUGCACCACCCACUCCUGAAAUAUUACAUCCAUUAUUACAAGAAUUCACAGACAUAUUUCAUGAACCUACUCAACAACCACCCAAAAGAAGCUUGGAUCAUAACAUUCCCUUAAAUCCCAAUUCCACGCCUAUUAACCAACGAGCUUACAAAUGCCCAUAUGUUCAAAAGGAAGUAGUUGAGAAUAUUGUCACAGAAACGCUUCACUCUAGCAUCAUUCAGCCAAGUCAUAGCCCUUUUGCUUCACCUAUACUUUUGGUCAAGAAAAAAGUUAAUUCUUGGAGAUUUUGUGUGGAUUAUAGAAAACUCAAUAACAUCACAAUCAAGGAAAACUUUCUCAUUCCCAUUGUUGAUGAACUAUUAGAUGAGAUCAAAGGAUUCAAAUUCCUCUCCAAAAUUGAUCUUAGAGCUGGUUACCACCAGAUCAGGGUAAAUGAUUUGGACAUAUUCAAGACAGCCUUUAGAACCCAUCAAGGUCACUAUGAUUUCAAGGUGAUGUCAUUUGGCCUCAUAAAUGCCCCUACUACAUUCCAGGCUUUAAUGAAUGACAUAUUCCAACCAUUUUUGAGAAAAUUUGUAUUGGUCUUCUUUGAUGACAUUCUCAUUUACAUCUCUAGCAUGGAAGAACACUUAGAGCAUCUCAAAAUUGUUUUCUCCUUGCUCAGACAUCAUCAUCUUUUUACAAAAAUGUCCAAAUGCAGCUUUGGUCAGUCCUCCCUGGAGUAUCUGGGUCAUAUUAUUACACCUGAAGGAGUCUGUGCUGAUCUUAGUAAGAUUUCCCGCAUGCUAUCUUGGCCAUUAUCCAAAACUAUCAAGGAGUUGAGAGGAUUUUGGGACUCACUGGCUACUGCAGAAAAUUUGUGCAAGGGUAUGACUCUAUUAACAAACCGUUAA